AUGAGGCUUUAUCGGCUUCUCCGGUCAAGUUUGUGGUGUCAGUUCACAAGGCAAGCCCACAGAAAGUAUAGCAAAGUGUUGGGCAUUGAGACUAGCUGCGACGAUACUGGAUGUGCAAUAGUGGACAGUAACAGAAAUGUCCUUGGUGAAUACUUACAAUCUCAACAGCAGAUCCACCUCGAUUUUGGGGGAAUAAUUCCACCAGUGGCCAGGGAUUUGCACAAGCAAAACAUUGAUAAUGUCGUAACACAGGCGUUGCAACAGGCCCAAGUUAGUUUGAACGACCUAGAUGCUAUUGCUGUCACUGUUAAACCCGGUUUGCCUUUGUCACUGUUAGUUGGUAUGAACUAUGCAAAAGAAUUGAGUAAAAAAUCACUGAAGCCUCUGAUACCGAUUCAUCACAUGGAAGCACACGCCUUGACUGCAAGAUUAGUUGAUCAUAAUUUACAGUUACCAUUUUUAGUGUUACUUUUAUCUGGUGGACACUGUUUGUUGGCUAUCGUAAAAAAAGUAAAUGAAUUUCUGCUGCUAGGACAAUCUAUUGAUGACGCUCCUGGCGAAGCAUUGGACAAGGCAGCCAGGCGACUUCAGUUGAAGAAUAUGAAGGAGUUUAGAAAUUGUUGUGGAGGCCAAGCAAUUGAAAAAGCAGCAUUGAAAGGUAAUCCUAGGGCUAUUGAUUUGGGUACAUUUAUGACAAGUUACCAAGACUGCAAUUUCAGUUACUCCGGCUUAAAGAAUGCUGUACGAUCUCAAAUUCUAAGAUCCGAACAAAAGCACGAAUUGAAAGGAGAUGAAAUUAUCCCAGAAGUUUUCGAUUUAUGUGCCAGCAUUCAAUAUGCUAUUACGAAACACAUAUGCACUCGAGUACUGAGGGCUAUUGAAUUUAUUAACCGAACACAACUAUUACCAGACACAAAUCGAACACUGGUAGUUUCUGGUGGUGUUGCUAGCAAUAUGUUUAUUCGAAAACAUUUGAAUCUUGUGUGUGAAGAGGAAAAUUUCAAACUAAUAGUUCCACCACCCAAACUUUGUACAGACAAUGGAACAAUGAUAGCAUGGAAUGGCAUAGAAAAAUUGAAUGAACAUAUAGAUAUAUUCAGUCACCUUGAUUUAGAUAAAAUUGAUAUCCAGUCGAAAGAACCACUAGGAAAGAAUAUUUCACAGCAAAUCACAGAUAUGGGAAUAAGAUGUCCUUCAUUAUUUUUCAAUAAAAUAUUUGAAGAACACAAAUAA